AUGCUGCGAGAGACGGCUACGCAAGCAACAGUUGGCGAAGGCCGUUCUUUGGAGAAUGAAAAAAGCCCACCACUACAUGAAGAUGCCACCUACGACAGAGCACGAACUCCAGGCCCAUUGCGCCGUUGGAAGACGGCACUCCACUCCUUCCGCGUCCUUCGCGACCUCAGCCCGGAACAAGUCAGGAACUUCAUGAAUUCAUACGUCAUCUACAACCUGGACUGGGCCGACGAGAAAGCGAUGACGGACACUCUGGGACCUGACUACCAGAAGAAGGUCGGCGAAUGCUUGAGCGAUUACUAUUCAGUACUCAAUCACAUGUGCUCCAUAGGGGAGCUGGAGAAGAUGUACAUACCUCCAGUCAUGGAUCUGCAAUCCAGCAUCAUCGUGAACCAGGAACGAUACGAAGAGAGCAUAGCGAAGGAGCUCCACCUGCCGCCGAAACCACGACUUCUCGAUCUUGGUUGUGGUCGCGGCCGGGUGGCGGCGCAUAUGACAAGCCUGGUGGGCGCGCGUGUGACUGGAGUCAACAUUGAUCACGACCAAAUUGCCAGCGCGAGGGCCUACAACGAUCAGAUGAACUUUCAGAACGACUUUAUUUGCAUGGACUUCAACGAUCUUCCUUUGCCACUGCCUGGGGGAGAGUUUGAUGGCGUCUACAACAUCCAGGCAUUCAGUCUCUGCAAAGAUAUUCCAGGAAUGUGUCGUGAGCUGUACCGCCUGCUGAAGCCCGGUGCGCGCCUCUCAUUCCUGGAUUGGGUGAAGCUCGAUGCAUUUGACGACUACCACCCUCAUCACCAGGACCUGAUGCGCAGGAUCAAGCCGCUCAUUGGCGCGGUCGGGACACCAACACCAGAGAGCAUGGCAGCAGACAUUGCGUCGGCCGGGUUCAAAGUCUUGUCAAAUGGCAACGCCAGCAUUGAUGGCCUUCAGGCACCUCUGAUCGAGCGUGCUGAUUGGUACUUUAAGGUGACGAGACACCUUUUGUACGGUUUGGUGCGUGCUGGACUCCUGCCUGCUCAUUUCCGGACGUUGCUGGAUCGGUUCGCGAAGGAUGGCGCUGCUUUCAUCGAAGCAGACCGAGCACGCCUCAUCACUACGAGCUACCACUGGUUAGCGGAGAAGCCACGAGAAGUACACGCCGUCUCAGGGCUGCCAGCAUCAACGCUCGACCCUGACAGCGUUGUUGUGGAGGCAGGAUCCAGCAGCAAUUCUGGGAAGUCAACUCCGUCUUCUGGCGCAAGCUCGGUGCUGGACAUUGAGUCGCCUUCACCCGCAAACUCGGACUCGACGGGCAUCAGUGUGCCGCCUCUGAGCCCGGAAGAGCCACUGAAGACCGAGCAACCAUCUUCCCGCGCUGGGGCAGAGAUGUCAUCGUAG